GAUGACACUGGUGCCUAUCUCAUAGACAGAGACCCCACAUACUUUGGGCCGGUACUGAACUACCUGAGGCAUGGCAAGCUGGUGCUCAACAGGGAGCUGGCAGAGGAAGGUAAGACUGGACAUGUGAGGCGAAUGUUGCUACUAAUGUGCACAGUGAAGCUGUUGGUUUCCAAUGUCAGCUCUUAAGUAUCCUCUGUAGCAGUCUGCUUGAUAUGUUGAUAAUUCCUGCCAGGAUGGAUUCUAAAUGUGUGUUUUUGAAGGUGUCCUGGAGGAAGCCGAAUUCUACAAUAUCACAUCGUUAAUAAAGCUCCUCAAGGACAAGAUCAGGGAACGAGACUGCAAAACAAAACAGGUAGGUGAACUUCCCGAAAGACACAUUGCGCCCUAUAGAUUUUGUAUUUCUUCUAAACUCUUAUUUGAUAUCCCUUUGUAGGGAUACGCAUAUUUUGACCAAUGGGUAAAAUAUGUUAAUUGUGUAGAUAAUUAUUUGAGAAAACCAAUGGUCCAAACCUCAUGUCUAUCAUAAUCCGUUCAAAGGUUAUUGGAGUGUGUACCCUUGUAGGAUGGCCAGAAUUAGGGUGACGAAAUCAAUGGAGGCCAGAGAAAAAAGUGGUCAAAAAUGUGCAAUUGCAUCAGUUAGGCUGAAUUCUGUGAAGAAUGAAGGCUACUGGUCCCUGACAGGCUCACUUUCCCAUUGAACUCGUCAUCUUUCUUCUCAUAAAACAAAAGAGGUAAGAUGGAUGUCGGUUUUGAGACUUAGUAUUUAAAUAUUUUAGUGUACGCUUUUUAUAUUAAUUCGCAAUUCCUGUUCUUUUUCGAAGAUUGCUCACAAAAACAAGUGUAUCUCUGUGAAAUGUCAACGGAGCACUGAGCGUAUACCAAGCAUUUUAUUUUCAAAGCCUUUUACGUUUAAUUCAGCUGGUGUCAUGCUAAUUUUGCGACCUGCGGAAACAACUUUGAGGACGACGACCACAAAAUGUAAAAUCCUCAAAAGUUGUUACAAGAAACCUGCACUGCUAUGUCAACAGAGAUCAGUGCUUAUUAUUGGAUGUAUUAGGUUACGAAAUCCGACUUUUUGGAUACAAUGUUAAUGAUAUGUUAAGAGAAAGGCCCCACUGAAUGAUUCAGAACAUGAAUAAUCAUAUUUGUCAUAGUAAAAUGUAUUUUAUAGCAUAAGGAAGUGAAAUUUCAUCACCAAAGCAUGUUUUGACCCACUCUUUGCAGAGUGGCUGUGAGUCCACUGUUAGUCAAUGCACAUGCUCCAUCCCAUGCUUCAGUUCCCCACAGCAGGCGUGCGUGUGUGUGUGGUGUUUGGAGCCAGAAUUCACUCAACUCGAAUACCCUCUCUUCUUUUCUUCUCCCUGCUCUCUCCCCAGGCUCCAGUGAAACAUGUGUACCGGGUACUGCAGUGCCAGGAGGAGGAGCUCACCCAGAUGGUGUCCACCAUGUCAGACGGCUGGAAGUUUGAGCAGGUAACGCUGCCUCCCGCCACGAGGAACCAAAUGUCCUCCUUUUAUUUGUACUUCCCUCAACCCAUAAUCCUCACAUCACCCAAACAAUCCAAUUCAUAAAUUGGAAAUUAACAUUACAAAAAAAACUGUUACAUUUUUUUCUGUGUCUUAUACGUGAUCUGGGCAUCCCUCUGUGCUCUGAUUUGGUUGUUGCAGCUUAUCAGUAUAGGUUACGGGCGGGCCCAGCAGUCAGAGUUUCUGCUGAUUGUGUCAAGGGAGGUGAAGGGGGAGGAGCCUACUUUCCCAAGCCACAGCGGAGAGGUGUGUCCCACAAUGUUCCAUCCAUGGGCUGGUCACUGCAUGUCCCCUAUGUACCCAUUCACAACCCUUUUGGCCUCUGUGUCCCUGCUCUAUGAACAGUAGGCGGCCAUUUUGAGUUGAUUUCAAUUUUAAGAUGUGUACUGUUUGUCCAACAAAGGACUCAAAUGAACACAGCACCCUUUCUAUGUCUGUUGUUUGAUUAUCCCCUCCCCCUUCACAUUUUUGUUUUCAGUUUGUUGGUUAUAUGCAGGUUGUUCCACUAUUUUAGGUAGAAAUUGUGCGGCAGUAUGGAAUUUUAAAAGCCUGUUAUAUUAUAUGAAGUGCCCUUUUUAAUAUAGACCACGUGGAGAAUUCAUUAAAUCAGAAUUUUAUAUGAAAAAAGGCUUGCUAAAGUGCCAAAAUUCUGCAUUUUGAAAUGUCCCUCUGUCAACCCUGUGUCACUUCUAGGAGAUUUUAACCCACUUAAUCCCCCAAAAUAAAGCCCUAGUUAUUUUGUUGCUUUGACAGUCAUUUCUGAAGAUUAUUUAUUUCAUGUGAUUAGUGAUUCAUUUACGUCUGUGCCUCAUUUUAAGGUCAACCCUGUUACGUGAACUGAACUCUCAUUUUAAUAUGGUGAAACUAUUCCUUAAAAAAAUUAAUCGAAAGAAACAUUGAACAUCUAAUAGUCAAAUCAUAGUGUAAAAGCAGGUGAGCUGGUUCUACUCUUGAUGGACAUUUUCCAGUGUUUUGUGGUGGAAAACUGAGCAGGUCGAGCAUAACACGUCAACCCUGUGACCCAUAAAUAGGCAGGCUAGAAAUGUUUUAACAGUUGUUGUUUUUGUGCAGCUUGCGUUCAAUUGCCACCCUCUGUUGCACACAACAAGCUUCCAUUCCCCCUGUCACAAAGGGAUUCAUGGCUGAUUUUAAGAAUAAAUUGUCAACCCUGUUUAUUCUUUAACCCAUGAUAGUUGAUGAGAGAAGGAACUGAUUGAAGCCUGAUUAGGCUAUUCACCUUAUGUAGCCCCACCCACUUGACCCAGUUCCUGAUCGAACGCGGUUGUCUUCCACCUUCCGGCCUAUUCUGGCCCAUUGACACUGCAAACCCGGGGAGAAGAUGUCGCUAAAUAUACAUCACACUUGGCCAAAUUAUUAAACAAACUGCACAGAAUCUGAAAGAUAUGUUUUAUAUAUAUGUGUGUGUGUGUGUGUGUGUGUGUGUGUAUAUAUGUAUAUAUGUACAGUGAGGGGGGAAAAAGUAUUUGAUCCCCUGCUGAUUUUGUACGUUUGCCCACUGACAAAGAAAUGAUCAGUCUAUAAUUUUAAUGGUAGGUUUAUUUGAACAGUGAGACAGAAUAACAACAAACAAAUCCAGAAAAAUGCAUGUCAAAAAUGUUAUAAAUUGAUUUGCAUUUUAAUGAGGGAAAUAAGUAUUUGACCCCUCUGCAAAACAUGACUUAGCACUUGGUGGCAAAACCCUUGUUGGCAAUCAGAGGUCAGACGUUUCUUGUAGUUGGCCACCAGGUUUGCACACAUCUCAGGAGGGAUUUUGUCCCACUCCUCUUUGCAGAUCUUCUCCAAGUCAUUAAGGUUUCGAGGCUGACGUUUGGCAACUCAAACCUUCAGCUCCUUCCACAGAUUUUCUAUGGGAUUAUGGUCUGGAGACUGGCUAGGCCACUCCAGGACCUUAAUGUGCUUCUUCUUGAGCCACUUCUUUGUUGCCUUGGCCGUGUGUUUUGGGUCAUUGUCAUGCUGGAAUACCCAUCCACAACCCAUUUUCAAUGCCCUGGCUGAGGGAAGGAGUUUCUCACCCAAGAUUUGACGGUACAUGGCCCCGUCCAUCGUCCCUUUGAUGCGGUGAAGUUGUCCUGUCCCCUUAGCAGAAAAACACCCCCAAAGCAUAAUGUUUCCACCUCCAUGUUUGAUGGUGUUCUUGGGGUCAUAGGCAGCAUUCCUCCUCCAAACACAGCGAGUUGAGUUGAUGCCAAAGGGCUCGAUUUUGGUCUCAUCUGACCACAACACUUUCACCCUGUUCUCCUAUGAAUUAUUCAGAUGUUCAUUGGCAAACUUCAGACGGCCCUGUAUAUGUGCUUUCUUGAGCAGGGGGACCUUGCGGGCGCUGCAGGAUUUCAGUCCUUCACGGCGUAGUGUGUUACCAAUUGUUUUCUUGGUGACUAUGGUCCCAGCUGCCUUGAGAUCAUUGACAAGAUCCUCCCGUGUAGUUCUGGGCUGAUUCCUCACCGUUCUCAUGAUCAUUGCAACUUCAACAAGGUGAGAUCUUGCCGAGGGAGAUUGACAGUCUUUUGUGUUUCUUCCAUUUGCAAAUAAUCGCACCAACUGUUGUCACCUUCUCACCAAGCUGUUUGGCGAUGGUCUUGUAGCCCAUUCCAGCCUUGUGUAGGUCUACAAUCUUGUCCCUGACAUCCUUGGAGAGCUCUUUGGUCUUGGCCAUGGUGGAGAGUUUGGAAUCUGAUUGAUUGAUUGAUUGCUUCUGUGGACAGGCGUCUUUUAUACAGGUAACAAACUGAGAUUAGGAGCACUCCCUUUAAGAGUGUGCUUGUAAUCUCAGCUCGUUACCUGUAUAAAAGACACCUGGGAGCCAGAAAUCUUUCUGAUUGAGAGGGGGUCAAAUACUUAUUUCCCUUAUUAAAAUGCAAAUACAUUUUUGACAUGUGUUUUUCUGGAUUUUUUGUUUGUUGUUCUGUCUCUCAUUGUUCAAAUAAACCUACCAUUAAAAUUAUAGACUGAUCAUUUCUUUGUCAGUGGGCAAACGUACAAAAUCAGCAGGGGAUUAAAUACUUUUUUCCCUCACUGUGUGUGUGUAUAUAUAUAUAUAUAUAUAUAUAUACUUCAAAAAAAAAAAAAAAAUAUAUAUAUAUAUAUAUAUAUAUAUAUAUAUAUAUAUAUAUAUAUAUAUAUAUAUAUAUAUAUAUAUAUUAUUAUUAUUAUUAUUAUUAUAUAUAUAUAUAUAUAUUUUUUUUUUUUUUUUUUUUGAAGUUCAGCUAGUACCUCCUGGGCUGCCGUGGGGGUUUCAACCAAUCAUCCACACUAGGUUGGUUGAGAGGUUCUUGAAUCACAUUGUAUGAAUGCUUAUUCAAAGUAACCUUAGCAAACAAGUGCUCUGCAAAUUGACUGCACUUAAAAAGACACUUUGGGGUUCACGCGAGGACAAGGUUUUUACCAUAUUCUUUGGUUUAAGUGGGUAUCGUGAUUGGUGGGAGCCGAGAGACUGGUUGUACAUGGUACAGUAGCUGGUAGCUUUAACGUUUAGCUUCGAUAUAGAGUAGCCUAAUACUUUUGCCUCCUGUUUGAGACAUCUCUUGGCAACAACAGGGCUCCUGCAGAAGUGGCUAAUGAGGCUGUGCAUGUCUCGACAUGCACACCCACAGAGUACACUGUUCAGUUCUUAUACACUACAUUACCAAAAGUAUAUGGACACCUGCUUGUCGAACAUCUCAUUCCGAAGUCAUGGGCAUUAAUAUGGAGUUGGUCCCCCCUUUACUGCUAUAAGAGCCUCCCACUCUUCUGGGAAGGCUUUCCACUAGAUGUUUGAACAUUGGUGCAGGGACUUGCUUCCAUUCAGCCACAAGCAUUAGUGAGAUCGGGCACUGAUGUUGGGCGAAUUAGGCCUGGCUCGCAGUCGGCAUAAUUCCUCCCAAAGGUGUUCGAUGGGGUUGUGGUCAGGGCUCUGUGCAGACCAGUCAAGUUCUUCCACACCGUUCUUGACAAACCAUUUCUGUAUGGACCUCACUUUGUGCAAGGGGGCAUUGACAUGCUGAAACAGGAAAGGGCCUGUUUCAGCAUGUUGGAAGCACAGAAUCGUCUAGAAUGUCAUAGCGUUAAGAUUUCCCUUCACUGGAACUAAGGGGCCUGGCACAAACCAUGAAAACAGCCCCAGACCAUUAUUCCUCUUCCACCAAACUUUACAGUUGGCACUAUGCAUUGGGGCAGGUAUCAUUCUCCUGGCAUCCGCCAAACCCAGAUUUGUCUGUCGGACUGCCAGAUGGUGAAGUGUGAUUCAUCACUCCAGAGAACGCAUUUCCACAGCUCCAGAGUUCAAUGGCGGUGAGCUUUACACCACUCCAGCCGAUGCUUGGCAUUACGCAUGGGGAUCUUAGGCUUGUGUGUGGCUGCUCGGCCAUGGAAACCCAUUUCAUGAAGCUCCAGACGAACAGUUAUUGUGCUGACGUUGCUUCCAGAGGCAGUUUGGAACUCGGUAGUGAGUGUUGCAACCGAGGAUAGACAAUUUUUACACGCUACGCGCUUCAGCGGUCCCUUUGUGAGCUUGUGUGGCCUACCACUUCGCGGCUGAGCCGUUGUUGCUCCUAAACGUUUCCACUUCACAAUAACAGCACUUACAGUUGCCCGGGGCAGACUUGUUGGAAAGGUGGCAUCCUAUGAUGGUGCCACGUUGAAAGUCACUGAGCUCUUCAGUAAGGCCAUUCUACUGCCAAUGUUUGUCUAUGGAGAUUGCAUGGCUGUGUGCUCGAUUUUAUACACCUGUCAGCAACGGGUGUGGCAGAAAUAGCCGAAUCCACUAAUUUGAAGGGGUGUCCACAUACUUUUGUUUGUGUGUGUGUGUGUAUGUAUGUAUGUAUGUAUGUAUGUAUGUAUGUAUGUAUGUAUGUAUGUAUGUAUGUAUGUAUGUAUGUAUGUAUGUAUGUAUGUAUGUAUGUAUGUAUGUAUGUAUGUAUGUAUGUAUGUAUGUAUGUAUGUAUGUAUGUAUGUAUGUAUGUAUGUAUGUAUGUACACACACACUGACUGGUUGAACACUAAAGUUAAAAGCAUUCGACUGAGUGGAGGAACAUUCGUGUUUUUCUGACAUUGUCAAAUAUGUAUUUUGUAGGCCGAAGUACUCAACGUUGAUUUGCAUGACAUCAUAUCACCUCACCGUCUGCAUGUUUGUUUAAUGUCCUGUUAUCUCUUAUUUUUUUUUUGGUGUCCUUUAAAAGUUAACCUUUUAAAAAGGAACUAACUUUUAAGGAAGCAAAUAUGACCCCCCCCCCACACACACACACACACACACACACACACAUUUGUUAAUGACUUUCUACAGCUGACCCAUUCCACAAAUAUCAGUUUUUAACUCCUCCCAUAUUUGGAGUCUGUAGCCAACUCACCUUUUGUGUUCUAAAGUUCUGAUCUGUCUCUAGCUCUAUAUGUUCUGCGUAUUAUCUAAUGCUUUUCAUUUCUGUUCAAAUUCUUCAGUUCUGCUCUCUAAGUACACUGUAAUCCUCAUUUUAUCUCUCUGAAGUUAACUCUCUCUCUCUCUCUCUCUCUCUCAACCCCCCCCCCCCCCUCCCCCAGCUGGUCAGCAUUGGCUCCUCUUAUAACUACGGAAACGAGGACCAAUCUGAGUUCCUGUGUGUAGUCUCCAAGGAGCUGCACAACCAAUCAUAUGGCCCAAACAGUGAGCCCAGUGAGAAAGCCAAGGUGAGCCCCAUCCUAAGACUUGGACUGCUGCACAGAGUAAUUCAUUGA